AUGGAGAACCAACAGCAUCAAUCAUCAACACGGUCAGCCUACGACAUGGAGACCCAGGAAUCCAGAUUUGCCAAACAGAGAGCAUCGGUCAGGUGGCUGCUCUCGAAAGCGUACAACAAUCGUGUGCCAGAGAUUCUGAAGGAUCCGUUCUACCGCGACCACGAAGGCCAGGAUCAUCUGAAGCCGCAGAUCGUGGUCGGGCUGGGCAACGCGUCGAUCUACUGUCAGGUGCUGAGCAACAUCUACUCGGACCCAAACUAUCAGAGCCUGAAUCACUGGUCGAUCCUGCAGACGCUGUCCCGCAAGGGCGUCCCACUGAACGAGUCGCCCGAUCAACCGCUCACCGAGACGGUUCUCAUACAGACGAAUCCUCUUAGAAUUAAUGCACAUAUGACUGUGAUAGAAGCGCUAAUGGUGUUAUACGCUAAAGAAGUGGCUUCCAGUGGACGAAUUUCCAGUGCUUUAGAAAGAAUAUCCGGCCGUAGUGUAGCGCCGACGGUUCAGCAUCAUGAAGCUGCCUUACUGAACUGGAUUUCGCAUGUUUUCGGUGCUCUGAAGAAGCGCAUCGACUACGAAAUGACAGCCAACGGUGGCAGUGGAGCCGUCGACGAAUACGGUCAACGGCACCAAAGCCCGGACGUUCCACCGGUGCGAGACUUUCGAGAACUGUGCGACGGUGUUUGCUUGGCUUAUCUAAUCUCGUACUACUGUCCCAAACUAGUUCCUUGGCAUAGCGUUAAAUUCAACCACGUACCGACCAUUGAGGAUUCAAUUCACAAUAUUCUGAUAGUUAGUAACUUUUCCGAGCGAAGUUUGCCAUACACCGUGUUUCACAUGUCACCGGAGGACAUCACGUACAUGCGAGGCUCAAUGAAGCAGAAUUUAGUCGUGCUGUUGGCAGACCUGUUCAAUCUCUUCGAAAUCCACCCGGCGAAAUGCGUUUGCUAUCCGGGCAUGGAACAGCAGUCCCCAGACGCAACUGGAGCCGGCGCAACUAACGAGCACGGCAUUGCCCACCGGCGGGGCUUUGCGAAUCAACCGACGAUCGCGGCCAUUCCCGAUUUGCGUCCUGGGCUCGAUUCGCCGCCGGGCAGCAGCGGCACCAGCAGUGGUGGCGGAGGCGGCGGCGGCAGCGGUGGCGCUGGCUGCGGGAGUGUCGGCGGCAAUGGCGCCAAUAAUCGGCCGCCAUUUCAAGUCAAUCGGUCACCUUCGGCCAGCACACUCAGGAAGCACAUUUCUAGCCGAGAGAUACCCGAACAGCAUCAGCCUCAUCAGCUGUACCAACAGCAGCAACCAGUGUACCAGCAGGCGGACCCUGAUGAAGGCUUCGUUGUUCACAGAAGUAAAGGAGUGCCAACAUUAUCGUCGAUGCAAGAACCACUAGUACCGGCCAGAAUAAGACAAGCCAAGGAAAAAACCAACAAUGACUCGAAAGCGGAAGAACGAGGUGAUAGCAUCCCCGCUGGCCGACCGAGCAAUUGGGAAGAAUCACGCAAACCCAGCUUCUCAGGACGACGCUCGCGGCGAAAUUCGUUCAGCGAUGAUUCCCAGCUGACCAUCGAAAACUUCGGAGGAUCACAGGAUCAACUAAACACAAUCGGCCGCUUCGAACGAGAGCGCAAAAUCUCCAACACCAGUUUAACGUCGAUAGAACCGGUCGUCCCGGCAAGAUCUUCGCUGGCCGAUGCCCGCGGUUCGAUACAAUUUGGGUAUGAUACGGAUUCCGGCAAUGAAAAGCAAGAUCGUGACACGGAAAAGCUCCCCGGAAGCACCAGUGGCACAUUACGGCGUCACAACAGUACGACCAUACAUUCCAACAACAGCCCGAUGGUCCAUUCGGGUGGUAAUAACAGCGCUGGUGGAUCCGUGGAACGUGAUAUUGUAGACGGGGAUGGAACGUCUACGAUGGGUGGUGCCGGCGGUAUGGCAAUUGCAGCAGCAACCGCGGUCUCAGAGGUGGAGCUUACGCCGAGACGCAAAACGUCCUUUGCCACUUUGCCAAAUACUACUACCUGGCAACAGCAAGCCAUAAGUGUGCAAAAGAUGGACGAUGUCGAUGACGCGCAGCCGCUGGAGGAUGCAACGAAAAUCUCGACCAUCAAGUUAAAGCUGGAAGAAAAACGCCGUUUGAUAGAGCAGGAAAAACGACGCAUCGAAUCUGCGUGGAGCAAACAAUUGCAAACGGUUGGCAAACAGGCAUUUUUACAAGCUAUUAGCAAGAGCAAAAGUGGCAGCAAUGUCGCCGGCGAACCGGAAUCCACCUCGAAAGAAUCGAACGACGGAACUACGGUAGUAGACGAUGAGGUUGUAGUAGAAAAAGUGGAACGACCCUGUUCCCUCAAGGAUUUGGAUGACCACAGCAAGUAUGAGCAGAAGUGGAAUGCACAAAUAAUCGAACCGAAAAAGACUCCCGAUCUGGAGAAUAUGGACCUGGAACAGUAUCAACAAAGCAUUUCGAAAAUGAACUCCAACUUGCACGAUAUUCAGGCGGACAUACAGCGUCUCACGCAGCAGCAGAAUCAAAUUCAAGCCCAAACUCUGCAGGCACAGCAGCUCCUGCAUGCGCAGCAGAUAGCCAAUCUGCUCAAUCAGCAAUAUGGUUCGCAGCAAAGCAUCCCGGCCACGACGUAUCGUCCAAUAAACAAUCAAUUGUUCGGUUCUAGUCCUCACCUGCCACAACAGCAGUCGUCGCCGAUCAACUAUGGAAUGCGGCCACCUAGUCGUGAUCCGUAUUUGCCGCAACAGCCACAGCAGCAGCAGCAGCAGCAGCAUGCCAUGCAGUACAUCAACGAACAGGGACAAUAUGUUGAGCAGCAGUCACCGUACGGGCAGAGCCACCAUCAUCCCAACAAUAACAGCCACCUAGUAUACAGCCGCGAGCAAAGCCAAACGCAACUGAUAAGCGAUCAGAACGGACUUGGCCAGUACCGCACAAUGAGCAAGGAAAGCCACCAAUACUCGUCGAAUCCGUACCUUAACAUGCAACACCACCAGCAACAGCAGCAACUGUACCAUCAGGACUCUAACCACUAUCGGGAUCCGUACCAGCAACAUCAGCCGCAGGAACUUAAGGAUCCCCAACCUCAGCAGCCACACGGGGGUCAGUUUUUCCUGCAUGAAAGUAAUUCCACGCCACCGCAGCCAACCCAGCGUCGCACGUGGGCCCAGUCAGCUGCCGCGGCAGGGGUCUCACUCGGCGGAUCGCCCAUCAUCCCUGCGGUCAAUACAGUUGGUAACAGCGGCAGUAGCAUGGUUGACGUAAAUGCAUGGAAUCACGGUCCCAAGGGAGGCAUCGUUGGGUACAAUAAAUCACCGGCUCCAAGUGGAGGAUUUUCAUUGCACCACAACGGUGGCGACGGGGACAGUGGAUAUGGUGGUGGUGGACGCGGUGGAAGUGGCGGCAGUGGAGGUAGUCAACAGUCAUUCCAAAAUCUGUUCGAGGUUCACCACCAUCCGCAUCAUAACAUGGGUCAAUCGGCAGCGAGCCCACAGCAUAGCAAGGUUCGCAACCAAAUCUCGCAAAUGAUGAUCAGCAACGGAAAUAGCCCGAGUGGUGGUCAGAUGAUGGGCGGUGGUGGGGAUUAUCGCGACAAUCGCAGCAUGCCAUUGUCACCGCCGAUUGAUGAUAUGGCUCCGCAGAGUAUUUCUUUCAUCGGGGACGAAGACACGGGAGAUAUUGAAGUUAACACGUCGAAAAGCGGAGGUGGACACAACGAUAGCUUUAGCUUGCGGCAACAACAGCAUCAGCUGGACGCCCUAUACGGCAGCAGCAAAGGACCAGCGGGAAUGCGAAACAGCCCCGGCGGCGGCAACGUUCAAGAUCUUGACAAGCACUUGAGCAAGCUGAACAUAACCAGCGGUAAUCGUACUUACAGAAUACCUUCUCCGACGCGACCAAGUCUCAACUCAAAUAGUUUCCAUGACCCACAAGAAGAUGUCAACGAGAAAGGAUUCUACAUUUCGUUUGACAACGAACAGCCGAAAAGGCCAAAGCCACCGUUACGGACGAAACGUUCACCAAAGAAGGACAAACCGCUUGGCAGUGAAUCCAUCGAGGGCGAGAAACGCCGUGACAGUCUGAACGACAAGACAUUGUCCAGAGUAGAGACCAAUGCCAACAAUUUCGGAACGUACAGCGUCAAGACAGCCAGCAAUUUCUCAAGCAGCUUCAACGAAGAACACAACGCUACACACGCGCGAAAGAGCAUCAUCGCCGACAACAGUGGUGCGUCUCCGUUCGAGCCGGUUGUGCACAAGGUUAAUGUCACCGGUAGCAUGGCCACACCGUCCCAGAUGAUGAUGCACCAGCACAUGUCUAUGGAUGGCGGUGACCGUCGCCUUGGACCGAUGGAGGAUAAUUCCAUGGCAGCUAACGGACAUUACAGCAGCCACAAUAAUAGUAGCGACGGAUAUGGUAGCGAGAAUGAGCGGAAGGCGAAGAUCGUCAUCGAUGUAUCAACCGAUCAGACCUCCGUUGACGAGAUGGAACGGAAAAAGGAGAAGAUAAUGUUGCUAUCACUACAGCGACGACAGCAAGCGGAAGAAGCAAAGGCUCGUAAGGAAAUUGACGCGAUGCAAAGGCGCGAAAAAGAACGCGAGAAAGAGGACGAGCGAGCACGAAAGAAGGAGGAGCAGUUCGCCCGCCGUCAAGCAAUCCUCGAGGCGCAUAAACUCAAGAAAGCCAUCGAAGAAGCGGAGAGAGAAGGAAAGACAAUCGAUCGAGAGCUCCAGCUGAAGCACCAACAGUACCAACAGCAGCUUCAUCAGACAGCGCAUUCGACUCCGACUCCGGUGGCCAAGAUGCGCACUCAGAAACUGACCCGUCCUCGGCCAAAAACGAUUCACGUCGAGUCCGGUUCGGUUGACUUGAGCGAAGCGUCGAGCCUUAGCAGCCGCGGCAAAAAGGGUUCCAAUUCUAAUUUAACCGGUCUCGGUAUGCACAGUGCAUCGAAUACCAUACGUCGAGAUUACUACCGGGGUUCACAGGAUUCACUAGCAGUCAGAGAAUCACCGGACGAAUAUCCCAGCAGCAGUUCAACGCCGAUUGGACGCCGAGGAUCGUACAAAACUGGAAGAGAACCAGCCACGAUCGAGCGGGGUCGCACACUGUCCCGUAUCUCGCUAGCGAAAGGUGCCAAUUUCCGGGGACGUAAAUCAAACUCCCUGAUGAAUCUAUGCGACUCCGACUCCGGAUUGGGACGAGCGACACCACCGAGACGGGCACCGUCACCGGGCAUGGGACCGUCGAGUCGCCAUCUGCCUUCGCCUUCCGGGCCAGGCUCGCUGCCGCCGGGUCUGAUCACGAAACGGCGCGGCUUUGACGACGGUUCCAGCGACAUUUCAUCGAACGCGAGCUCCAUGAUGGAUUACAACGGUCCGAGACUGUACAAGCAACCGGCAACGAAAUCGAACCGUGGUAUCAUUCUGAAUGCCGUCGAAUAUUGUGUCUUCCCGGGAGCGGUGAACCGCGAUGCGAAGCAGAAGGUGCUGGAAAAGAUAGCCCGCUCGGAAGCGAAGCACUUCCUGGUGCUGUUCCGUGAUGCCGGAUGCCAGUUCCGCGCGCUGUACGGAUACUGGCCUGAGAACGAACAAAUCAUCAAGCUGUACGGUACCGGCCCGAGUCAGGUCGACGAUGUGAUGUUCGAUAAGUUCUUCAAGUAUAACUCGGGCGGUAAAUGCUUCACCCAAGUGCACACCAAACACCUCACCGUAACGAUCGACGCGUUCACGAUACACAACUCGCUGUGGCAGGGCAAAAAGGCGAAUCUGCCUAGCAAAAAGGACAUGGCGUUGGUGAUUUGA